AUGAGCGAGCUGCCCAUAUUGAAGCACAAGAAGGAAAUUAAAAAAUGCAUCAAGAGGAAUAGGCUAAUCAUUAUUAAGGGGGAGACGGGUUGCGGGAAGACAACCCAGGUGCCUCAAAUAAUAAACAGGUACUUUUUCGACAAAAGGGGGGGAAGACGUAGUGGCGGUAGUAAUAAUGAUCGGCGGGGGGAUGAUGGCGCAGGUUGCAAGGCUGGUCACUCCGCUGAGUCGCCAAAGGAGAAACGUCCCAUGAGGAUGCUGAUCUCGCUGCCCAGGAGAGUGGCAACCAUCACAGUAGCGGAGAGAGUGGCCAAAGAAAUGAACAGAGGAGGCAUAGGAACUUACGUCGGUUAUGCUAUCAGAUUUAAAAAUGUGACAUCGGAUCAAACUAGAAUCAAAUUUGUAACGGAUGGGAUCCUCAUCAGAGAAAUCAUGAAUGAUCCCUUGUUAAAAAAAUACACUUUUUUAAUAUUAGAUGAAGUACACGAAAGGUCCAUUAGGACGGAUGUCCUGUUGGGUUACGUUAGGACAUUGAUGGAGAAGAGAAAGAAGCUCAGAAUCAUCCUCAUGUCUGCAACUUUGGACGUGGCUACAUUUAAAAGCUUCUUUUCCGACCCACCGAUCAUUUCUAUCCCCCACAAGUUACACCCCGUGAGCAUUUUCUACCCCAUCAAGCCCGUGGAGGAUUACCUCAUUUCGGUUGUCUGCACGGUUCUGCAGAUACAUUUCGGGGAGGGCCAGCGGCAGGAUGACCAGCCGGAUGACCAGCCGGGGGAACCCCUAACGGAGAAGCAGACCAACGAGACGGCCAAGCAGCCCACCAACGACGCCAGCGCGGCACCCCCCCCCAUCGGAGACGUGCUCGUCUUCCUGCCCGGCCAGGAAGAAAUCGAAACAGUAAACUUAAUGCUGAAAGAGAAGCUGAAGAUAAUUUAUAAAGGCUCCCUGCUGAGGAAGCUCAUUGAAGACGAUCAGGGGGAUGAGCAACAGGGGGGCCAGCAGCAACCGGGCCAGCAACAGGGGGACGUGCUAGACAGAAUUAACGUCGCCCUGAAUGCGAAGAAUCCAAUCGAGGAUGGCAUUUGUUUCCACUUCGGCCACAGGGAGGUGGUGCCGGACAAGAUAUACGCCAUGAAGAUUCUGCAGCUUUACUCGUCCCUCCCGAAUAGGAAGCAGCGGGUCGUCUUCGAGCCCGCGCCACCCAACACGCGAAAGGUCAUCCUCAGCACGAACAUCGCCGAGACGUCAGUUACCAUCCCAAACAUAAAGUACGUGGUGGACAGCGGGCGCGUGAAGAUAAAAUUUUUCGACGCCAAGAAGGGGAGCAGCGUUUUGAAGGUCACGCAGAUAUCGAAGGAUGCCGCCAUCCAGAGAAGUGGAAGAGCUGGAAGGGAGGGACCCGGACAGGUUUACCGCGUCUACUCCAAGGAGGAAUACGAGAGUAUGAACCCGUUUUUAAUUCCUGAGAUUUUCCGCUCCGAUCUGACGCAGAUCUAUUUGGAGUUAAAGGCCAUGAACAUCGCCAACCCGCUGCAGUUUAACUUCCCGGAGAACCCCAAGAAGGAGCUACUCCUGCACUCGGCGAAAGUCCUCUUCCGAAUCAACGCAAUAGAUGUGGAAAAUAACCUGACCGAGGUUGGAAGAAAGAUGUGCCUCCUUCCACUGAACCCGAUUUAUGCAAACAUGAUGUUGUGUUCUAUGGAGUUCCAUUGCAUGGACGAAGUCGCUACCAUCGUCGCGUUCCUAAACUGUGAGAGCAUAUUUCUCAGUUACAACUUUUAUGAGGACUCCAAAAUGGUGAAUGGGGACGCCACGGUUGACGCUAAGGCGGAUAGGACUUCCAACGCGGGUGGCACUUCUAACCGGGAUGCCACUUCUAACCACCCCCCCGCCGAGGAGGAGGAGGACCCGCCCCUGAGUGACAGGAACAAACUCAUUAACAUCGCGCGGAGGAAGCUGAUACAUCCUGAUGGAGACCACCUAACCCUCCUGCACAUCUUCUACCUGUGGCAGGAAGAAGCCACCCCGAAGCAGCAAAAGCAUUUCUGCCACUUAUAUGCCCUCAACAACGAAACCUUACAGCAGGUGCAGAAAAUAAAGGAGCAGAUUUUACAGAUAAUGUCCGGCAAAAUGGGCAUCACAGUUUCAGCAAAGCUACAUAUGCAUAAAUGGGAUCAAGUCUUAAUUUGUCUAUGCAAGUCCUGUUUUUUUAAUGUAGCCAGAUCGACCUCCAAUGCAAAUGAGUUCAUAAAUGUCGUAACAAAGAGCAAGUUGUAUAUUCACCCAUCGUCCACUCUUUUUAGUUCGCACAUCAAGGCAUCUUUCAUUUUUUAUUCGGACGUCGUGCAGACAAGGCGGCUGUACGCGCGCACCGUCACGAAGGUAGACGGAGAAUGGCUACUCAAAUACGCCUCGCAAAACUUCCAACUUGCAGAAGCCCCCGCGAAGUAA